UGUGUCCACAGUAAUCAAUAAUAACUUCAAGGUUCGGUUGAUGUUCUCGGCGUGUUGGAGAGAAACUUCUGUCCUGCCCCCUCAUCCACAGCUCGACUAUCGGCUCUGCAGCCUGGACAGGUCCCGCCUGUUGGGCGUGUUCGACGGUUCGGUAGUCGACUGGCUAUCCUUGUGAUCUGCUAACAGCUAGCAGUAGUUUAGAGGAGUUAUAGACAGAGGUUUAACUGUCACGUUAGUACUAAAUAAACCGGGAAAUACCUGCUCAGAGCGCCGCGUUGGAGUCAAGGGCUGAGGAGGUUCAGAAUAAUGACCUACAGCAGAAGAGUUUCCCCAUAAGAGGAGACUGGAGCAGGGAGGAGGAGGAGAGAGGAUGGAGCAGGACCACAGCCUCCUGCUGGAUGAGGAGGCGUGCGCCCUCCUGGGGGUAACCCAGAGGUCAGAGGUCGUCUUCCAGUGGCUGACCAACCUGAAGCACCUCCUGCCUGCUACAACCCGGGUGGAGGUGAAGGCAAACCAGGUGCGUCUGGUGAACCAGCUCCAGGCGGUUCUGACCGGCUCCCCUGGCCCGCCCACCCGCUGCCUAUUGGCCCACUGCCUGGCCCUGCUGUACCGCCUGGGAGACCCCCUCUCAGCCGGCCAAUCGGUGGACAUGUGCAACGCCAUCAUCCGCAGCAAGGACGACGCCCCCUCCAGCCUCCCCACCAGACUUGCUGCGAUAGCCUGUCUGGGCUCUCUGUAUGAGCAGCUGGGCCGGACGUUGCUCCACUCCUUCAAAGACUCGCUGGUGAACCUGCUGAAGGCCUUCAGGAAUGCUGAGUCCCAGGGCCGGUAUGAGAUCCUGCUGGCGGUGGAGCGGGCCCUGCGGGGGUUGGGUUCCGGCCCCGCCCCGUGCCACCGGGAGAUCUACAAGGUGGCCCGGGCCUCCCUGACCGACCGCUCCCUGGGGGUCCGCUGGGCCGCUGCCAUGUGUCUGUUAGAGCUGCAGCGCGAGGCAGUCUUCCUCUGGUCCUCUGAGCUGCACAACAUGGCCACUCUAUGCUGCAGGGCCUUCCAGGGCUCCACCUAUCAGGUGCGAGUGGGCGUGGCCAGACUGCUGGGCACCCUGCUGGCCGCCGCCCUCCAGCCACGGCAGCCAAUCGCGGCGGUGCAGCCGGGGGGCCGGGGCCGGACCCUGGAGGAGGUGAUGGACGUGCUGACGGCCGGGUUCCUGAGGGGCGGGGCCAGCUUCCUGCGGGCCAGCGGAGACAUGCUGAAGGGAACCAGCUCCGUGGGCAAGGACGUCCGCAUGGGCGUGGCCCAGGCCUGCGUGGUGAUGGUGUCCACCAUGGGGAGCUCCUGGCUGGAGGGCAGCCUCCCCGGGCUGCUGGGCCUCCUGGCGCCGCUCGCCCACCAGCCCCGGGCCGCCCACAGCCCCGCCUCCUCGGCCUGCACGCGGGGCUGCCUCUCCUACAUCCUGCGCUCCGUCCUGGGCCCGCUGCUGGGGGAGAAGGCCCUGGCCAACGCCGCCAGGCACGUCUGCCUGGCCGUGCACACAGCAGCACUAGACAGCGGUUCUCCAGAAGGGGUUCAGGGUCACAUCAUGCUGGAGUGCUAUCUGCUGGAGCUGGCCCGGGUCCUCCGCAGCCUCGGCUCCACCGCCGCCCCCCUCAUCACAGACCCCUGCACAGCCCUCCUAGACACCGUGGUCUCCGUCCUACUCCACCCGGCGGCGCCAGCGCGGCUGGCCGCCGCCUGGUGCCUCCGCAGCGUUGCCAUGGCGAUGCCCUCCCAGCGCUGCGUGCUGCUGGACAGGUGCGCCGAGCGCCUGGCGGCCCUAAAGUCGUCCCCGGAGGCCGUGUCCGGGUACAGUGCCGCUGUCGCCGCCCUGCUGGCCGGAGCCCAGCACUGCGCCCUGGGCCUUCCCCACAGCAAGGCCAAGCUGGUCCUGGGCGUGGCCGAAGACCUCCUGCGCUCGGCCAAUCAGAACAGUCGCCUGUCCCUGCAGAGGACUCAGGCUGGCUGGCUGCUGCUGUCUUCACUCUGCACCCUGGGUGCGGCGGUGCUGGAGCAUCACCUGGGCCGCGUGCUGCUGCUGGUCAGGUGUGUGUUCCCCCCCUCCGUCAGGGAGCAGGACAUGGAGCUGCACCGUGGGGACUGCUUCACCUGGCAGGUGACCCUAGAGGGCCGGGCCGGGGCGCUCUGCGUGUUGAAGAGCCUGCUGCUGCACUGCAGAGAGCUGCUGACCGAUGACAUCAUCUCCCGCCUGCUCACACCGCUGGCCUGCGCCGUGGCGCUGCUCGCAAAGUGCUCCUCUCUGAACCGUUCCUAUGGGCCCCCCCUCCGCCCCUGGGCGGUCCUGUACAGAUUGAGGCUGUACCAGGUCCUGGCCCUGCUGCCCCCCCACACCUACCAAGAGAGCUACGGCGUGGUGAUGAAGGAGCUGCUCAGCGACCUGUCCGGCCCGGAGAACGCCACCCAGCCGUGCUCCGACCUCACCCUGCUCCCCGCCCUCUGUCACCACGACGACCUGAUGCUGUUGGGCCCCGCCUUCGGCCCCUUGGGCCGCGGCUCCAUCGAGGAGAGGCUCCAUAGCAGCGGUGUGGGAGGCGGUAACCUUGACAACGACCCCUUCUCCCUCUGCGACGGGGGGGAGGACUCCCCGGCCCCCCUCCCUCCGGCCGUGGCGCUGACAGCUGCCGCCGUCCAGCUGUUUGGAGAGCUGUUCCCCCAGGUCAUCACCGCGCACAGGCUGCAGAUCCUGGAGCAGUUCUCCCGCUCGCUGAGCCAGCUGAAGGGACAGAAGCAGCAGACGGUCCAGACCCACGUGUGUGCCGCCCUCUGCAGCCUGCUGAAGCACCUGGGCAGCAGCGGCCUCAGCCUGGGACCGGAGGAGCUGCGGGCCCCAGCGCUGGCCCUCUUGGUCGGGGCUCUGGAGAACUCGAGUCCCCUGCUGCGCUGUGCGGCCGCCGAGGGCCUGGCCCGACUGGUGCAGGCCGUCAACGACCCUGGGUUCACACACACACUGUCUGUGGCCUGUCUGGAGAGGCUGCGGUCGGGGAGGGAUGCGGUGGCGCGGAGCGGCCACGCCCUGGCCGUGGGGGCGCUGUACCGCUACGUGGGCGGAGUCCAAUCGCCCCAACACCUCACUUCCUGUCUGGGGGUCCUCAACACCCUGGCCCAGGACACCAGCUCACCUGAGCUCCAGACGUGGUGUGUGUACGGUGUGUGUGUCCUCCUAGACGUGCCCAGCGGGGGGGGCGUGUGUGUGUCGGUGUGUGAGCCGUCGGUCGGCCUCCUGGUGCAGCUGCUGCUCUCCUCCCCCCCCUCCCCCCCCGGCCUGCCCCACGCCCUCGGACGCCUUCUGCACGCGCUCACUAGCGCCCUGGGACCCGAGCUACAGAGUGCGCGGCCUGCGGUGUCCGUGCUGCGGGCCAGCUGUGUGUUGGCCUGCUGGAUGCUGCAGACCAGCCCGGACCCCCUGGUCCAGUCCCAGCUGGUCUCCUGCCUCCAGAACCUCUACCUGUUCUGCCCCGCCCACAUCCACCUGGAGCGCCUGGUACCGCUGCUCUGUGAGAUGUUGUUGGACAGCUCCGUGCUGGUGGGUGUGUGCUGCUCCUACGUGUGUGUGCGUGGCUCGGUGCUGUCGUGUGUCAGACAGCUGGCCCAGCGUGGGGCUCUGCAGGUGGCCCAGCACGCGGUGGGCCUGGUGAAGGAGCUGCACCGUAGGGACCACUCCCAGCUAGAGCUGACCCUGAAGGAGGUGGGCCUGGAGGGGGCUCUGUUCCUGCUGCUGGACCAGGAGCAGGAGGAGGCGAUCAGGAGGGACGUCCAGGAGACCCUGGUCCACCUCCUGGUCUCGGGGGUCCAGAGGGGGAGGCUGCUGCACUGGAUCAAGCUCUGCAAGGACGUCCUGUCUGCCUCCUCCGACUCGGGCGCGGUGGAGCCGGAGGAGGAGGGGGGUGACGACUGGGCGGUGUUCCGGGCGGUCCCGCAGGGGGCGGGGCCCUUCAGCGCCCUGGGCUGGCGGACGCGGGGCUUCGCCACGCGCUGCGUGGGCCGGCUGCUGGAGCUGAGCCAGAACGCCGGCCCCGCCCACUUCAACAUCACCCUGGCUCAGGAGCUACGGCAGGUCCAGACCGAGGACUUCCUGGUGCUCCACCUGGGAGAGCUGGUGCGGAUGUCCUUCAUGGCGGCCACCGACUCCAGCGACGCGGUGCGUCUGUCCGGGCUCCAGGCCCUGCUGCUCAUCAUCAGGGCCUUCUCCUCCUCCCCGGAGCCCGAGUUCCCCGGACACAGCCUGCUGGAGCAGUACCAGGCCAACGUCGGGGCGGCCCUCAGACCAGCCUUCUCAGCCGACGCCCCCCCUGAUGUCACGGCCAAGGCCUGCCAGGUGUGCAGCGCCUGGCUGUCCAGCGGGGUCGUCAGCGACCUGCGGGACCUGCGCCGCGUCCACCAGCUCCUCGUCUCCUCAUUGGCCAAGCUCCAGGGGGGGCGGGACCGGCCCAGCCCGCUCUACAACGAGGCCGCCGUCACCAUGGAGACGCUGGCGGUGCUCCAGGCCUGGGCGGAGGUGUACAUCGUGGCGGUGCAGAGGCAGGGCGACGCCCCCGGGCCGGAGGACCCGACCAAUGAGGACUCGGGGUCUGUGUCCGUGGGGGCGGACCUACUGGAGCUGGUCCAAUCAGAUCUCCCGACGCUGAGCCGGCUGUGGCUGGCAGCGCUGCAGGACCACUCCGCUCUGAGCCUCCCCCAGGAGGACGCAGCUCAGCUCCCCGCUGCCGGAGGAGUGUUCUUCACGGCGGAGACGAAGCAGCAGGCCAGGAGUCACUACACCUCCUGCUGGGCCCCCAUCCUCCACGCCUCGGCCCUCUGGCUGCAGAGCACCGGUUUUGUGAUGUCAGAGGAGGAGCCAGCCCACCUGUCUCGCCCGGCCACGCCCACCUCCAUGGGUCAGAGGGACUCUGGGGGCGGAGCCAAGAGCCAGGAAGACAUCGGCACGGACAGACUGAACCUCAUCCUGGGCGUUAGUGUGGCGUUCCUGUGCUCGCCCCAUUCUGAGGACCAGAUUGAGAACAUCACUUCCUGUCUGCGGGCGCUGCAGGCUCUGCUCAGCGUGGGCUGGCCUCGCGCCAAAGUAGGAAACGACCAGGUGCUCAGCGUGGAGCUGGUGAGUGUGCUCCACCGCGUCAUGGUGACCAGGGAGGGGGCGGAGCUCCAGCCGGCCGUGCUCCAGCUGGUCCAGCAGAUCGUCCGCGCCGCGCAGGAACACGUCCGCGAGAAACGCUACAGCGCCGAGGUGGACGACGGCGCCUGUGAGAAGGAGAACCUUCCGGAGUUCGGGGAGGGGCGGGACACGGGGGGGCUGGUCCCGGGCCGCUCCCUGGUCCUGGCCGCCCUGGAGCUCUGCCUCCACGUCCUGCUGCGCAAGAUCCCCCGCCUCAGCCCCGCCCUCACCGGGACCCCCGCCGCAGGGGGUCCCGGGGGCCCCGGGGGCCCGCUGGUUCUGAGCGGUGAGGACUGGCUCCUGGUGGCCUCAGCCCUGGACAUCCUGUCUCACCUCCCGUCUAUCUGCUCCCCUGAGGGAAGUGUUUCAGUCCUUCCGUCUCUCCUCUUCCUGUUGCUGGGUGUCCUUCGGGAGCUGCUGCAGCCCAACAUAAACACUGCCCCCCAGCAGAGGGCGCUGCAGGCUCUCCAGGGGGUGGUCUCCAGCCCGUUGGGUCGUCAGGAGAAGAGCCGGGGGGGCUGGACCCUCCUGCUGGGGGCCGCCCUGAACACGGUGCUGGACACCUGGGGGAACGCUGUGGACCAGGUGGGGGUUCUCCGGGUCCUGACUGUGUUCCUGGUCUCUGCUGGUCCUGAGGUGGUCCUGGUCCAGCCCGUCCUGGGCUCCUGCCUCAGAAGAUACACACGAGCCCUGCACUCUAAGGACCCCCUGGUGGUGAGUGUGUGUCUCCAGAUGUUGACCACUGUGUUCCAGACCCAGUCGGGGGUGGCGGCCCCCUACAUUCGUACCCUGGGACCCCCCUUGCUCCGCUACCUGCAGGGGGCGGAGCGGAGGCGUCUGGAGACGCCUCCGCUCCGCCCCCUAGUGGACAACCACAGAUGUCGCAUCGGCCUAGGGGCGGAGCGGCGGCGUCCCCAGACCCCGGGGGAGCUGCAGGGGGUUCUGGAGGCUCUGCGGGCCAUGGAGGCUCUGGUGUCAGCCUCCGACCCCACCAACCGUCCCCAGCUCAUGGCCGUCUUCCUCCCCAUCCUCAUCUCCUUCCUGAUGGAUGAAAACGCCCUCGGCUCCGCCCCUUCCGCAUCGCGGGCGCUUCAUGAGUCGGCGCUGAAGGACCUCAUGCGCCUCGGGCCCCAGUCUCCAUCCGUCUUCAGGUCUCUGAUGUCUUCGUCUCCUCAGCUGAAGGCCAGACUGCAGGCGGCCAUUCAGGGGAACCAGGAGAGCCUCAACGCUAAGGCUAGCGCUGCCGCUAACAGGACCAGCAAGACCUCUCCCAGUAUUACGCUCAAGACCAACUUCCUGUAA